GUUUUUAAUCGUCCUGGGAUGUUUGAUUCUGGCCAUUCUGACAACAUUCAGGGAACAUGAGAAGGUGUCUGCACACUGGCUGGUUAUUCUGGAAACCUUCGCCAUCUUCAUCUUCGGAGCGGAGUUUGCACUGAGGGUCUGGGCGGCGGGAUGCUGCUGUCGCUACAAAGGAUGGAGGGGAAGGCUGAAGUUCGCUCGCAAACCUCUGUGUAUUCUAGACAUCUUUGUGCUGAUUGCCUCUGUGCCGGUGGUGGCGGUGCGGAACCAGGGCAAUGUGUUGGCCACGUCCCUGCGCAGCCUUCGCUUCCUGCAGAUCCUGCGAAUGCUGCGCAUGGACCGGAGGGGGGGGACCUGGAAACUGCUGGGCUCCGCCAUCUACGCACACAGUAAGGAACUCAUCACAGCCUGGUACAUCGGCUUCCUGUCUCUGAUCCUGGCGUCCUUCCUGGUCUACCUGGUGGAGAAGGACGACGUCUCCAUGGAUGUGUCCAAUCAGGAAAACCCCACCGCUCAGCCCAAGCAGCAAGACUUCGACACCUACGCCGACGCUCUGUGGUGGGGGCUGAUCACUCUGACCACCAUCGGUUAUGGAGACAAAACCCCGAAGACGUGGGCUGGGAGACUGUUGGCCGGCACCUUCGCCCUGAUCGGAGUGUCCUUCUUCGCUUUGCCUGCAGGGAUUCUGGGAUCAGGCCUGGCUCUGAAGGUCCAGGAGCAGCACAGACAGAAGCACUUUGAGAAGCGCAGACAUCCGGCCGCCGGCCUCAUCCAGUCUGCCUGGAGAUAUUAUUCCACCAAUCCAGUCAGGGAGGACCUUAUCGCCACGUGGAGAUUUUACGAAACAGUCAUUUCUCUUCCCUGUUUCAGGUAA